GAUUUUACUUUUGCCCAUUUCCCCCAACCGGGAGAAUCUGGAAGCUGAAAUCACGACGACACCGCAGCGACAUAAUCUCCAAAUCAACACUGUAAAAAGAAAAGCUUGCCGUAUCUCUCGACCAAGGGGCGGCAAUACCUUUUUCACAUCAGCCGACUUCGGAGCAACCAGCGAUAUUCAACUACACGGGUUCUAGAAUCUUAGAGGAUUUCGAAGGCUGCGGCGGCGGCGGAGAAGCAAGUUUUUGGAAGAUAAACAAGUCGGAAUAUAUCACAAUUUACCAUCUCUCUGCUACUACGCUUUUGUAACCUACGAGUGGAAAUGCAUUGAGUUGCCGUUCAUAUUUUGCUACCUGGACGGACACUUUAUUUGGGCAGGCUGUUAAUUUCUUUGAAUUACCAGUCACCUCUUCUGUGCUGCAUCAUAUGAGAAUCAACAUUUUGCCACCCCCUCUUAAUCUCUCAGUUUGAUUUCCUGUUAUUUAUUUGCCUGCUUAUUUUAACGAGGUUUUUAAAUUUGAAGAUUUGGAGCUGAGUACUUGGCCCUUACCCUUUCCUUUCUCUGUAUAGCUUUUCCAUUUGGAUUACAUAUCUGUUGCUGAUUAGUUGCCACCGCGCCGUGCUUGUGCAGCAAUCAGAAUCAGAAGGUAUUAAAAGCUUUCUGGCAGGUUGAGAGACAUAACAUCUUCUCUUCAUAGUGAAUAUGAGGGAAGAAGAAGUAAAUAGAUGUCAGAUUCAGGAGUGGUACCCUAAGUUCAAGUCGGUGUCCAUUAGAACCCUUAUCCAUGAGCUUCCUGAAUCCUUCAUCGAGUACCUCAACGAUUCCGGUCCAUUUGUUCUUCCAGUUUCUAUUGCAGAUGAUGAUGCCUUACCUAAUAGAAUCCGCAAACCUGAAGACGAAGAGGAUUAUGAAGUGCACGAAGGUUCUGAUAAUGAAGCAGAAAGUCCCCCAACUCCCCCUUCUUUCCCGGAACUUGAGAUAAAGAUUAAAGAAUCAAUACAAUCCCUUGGGGGUGCUGUCUUUCCCAAGCUUAACUGGAGUGCUCCUAAAGACUCUGCUUGGAUCAGUUCUACUGGGAACCUCAAGUGCUCCUCUUUCAGCGAGGUUGUACUUUUGCUACGAUCAUCAGACUCCCUGAUCCAUGAUCUUUGUCAUGCAUAUGAUUCAUGUAGUGAUAAGACAGCAUCAAGACCCCAAAAGUUUUUUCUUGCACUUCGCAAAUGGUAUGCAUCUUUGCGACCUGAGAUGGAGUUUCGUUGCUUCAUUUGUAAUGGGCUCCUUGUUGGGAUAUCCCAGCGUGAGGUUACUGGAUUUUAUCCUGCGCUUCUUGACAAGAAAGAUGAUAUAAAACAGAUGAUCCAGGAUUUUUAUAGUGAUAAAUUGCAAGGCAAAUUUGAGUCAGAAAGCUAUGCAUUUGAUGUAUAUGUUACUGCAGAUGGACGAGUUAAGCUUUUGGAUUUUAAUCCUUGGGGCGGAUCCACCUUGCCGCUGCUAUUUGAUUGGGAAGAAUUGGAAGAGAAUCUGAAAGAAGAGGGAAAGGUUUUGGAGUUUAGAAUGAUAGAGAGCCAGUGUGGAGUUCGACCAGGUAUGAGAACUGCAGUUCCCUAUGAUUACCUGGAUACGAGUCCAGGGAGUGGUUGGGAUCAGUUCUUCAAUAAAGCUAAUGAAGAGUUUAGGCAACAGACCAUGUCUGCGGAAGCAGGUGCUUGACCAUGUGAUUCCCAAGUUUGGUUUGUAGAUCCUUUCCUGAUAUUUAACGCAUCUCCCUAAAGGUGGAUAACCUUGAGAUAAUGUGAAUUGAAGUGGCAGAUUGAUCUUGUUUUCCUUGAGACGAUUUUCUGAUGUUUAAACACUCCCGAGUGUUGCACCUCUUAUCCUCGAGUAAAUGAUACAAUUUGUAUGUCAAACUAAAGAAGUACUUGUGGUACUUGGGCAUUAUUUAUCAUGGAAUUAUCAACUUCAAUUGUUUUCCCAGAGUGUAA